GGAAAAUAUUCCCAGUUAUCUGAAAAGUUAAAACUCAAAAGCGAGGCCGCACUAAAAGAGUAAAACCAUGACCAAGUACCAUGUCUUCUUUGUCUCUACACCUGCAAUCGGAAACCUUGUUCCGAUCGUCGAAUUCGCGCACCGCCUCGUCCAUCGCGACCGUCGAAUCUCCGCCACUGUGCUAAUCAUCACCUUUAGCGAGAGACCAAUACUGAACGAGUAUGUUCGAUCACGCGCAGCCUCUACCAAAGAAAUCAAGUUCGUUCAUCUCCCUACAGAGGACCCUCUCUCGCCUGAUCAGUACCAAUCUUCUUUAGCUUACUUGUCCCUGUUUUAUGAAAAGCACAAAUCCCAUGUCAAACAUGCCAUCACCGAGCAAUCAGAGCUGGACGCGGCUACUGACACGGUCCGAAUCGCCGGGUUAUUCGUCGACAUGUUCAGUACAUCGAUGAUCGACGUUGCUAAUGAACUCGGCAUUCCUUCGUAUAUUUUCUUUGCAUCUCCGGCUAGCUUUUUAGGGCUUAUGCUCCACUUGCCGAUCUUGGACACGCAACUCGCCACUGAACUCGUUGACUCGGAAACCGAGCUAAUCAUCCCGAGUUUUGUUAACCCGCUGCCUCAUUCGGUGUUGCCGUCGAUAGUAUUGGAGAGAAAAGAUGCGUACUCCUGGUGCUUACGCCAUGGACGAAGAUACAGAGAGGCCAAGGGUAUUAUCGUAAAUACGCAUCGAGAGCUUGAGUCUCACGCGAUCAAUUCCAUUUCGAAGAGCGAGUUACCGCCUAUUUAUCCAGUUGGGCCGGUGCUUGACUUCGAUGGAUCGGAGCGGUGGCAUCCGGACCGGACCCGGCAUGAAUGGAUUACGGAGUGGCUGGACAAUCAGCCGGAGACGUCAGUGGUGUUCUUGUGUUUCGGAAGCAUGGGCUGUCUUAGUGAGGCCCAGGUGAAGGAGAUUGGGCUCGGGCUCGAGGGGAGUGGGCUUCGGUUCUUGUGGUCAGUCCGUGAGCCACCGAAGGGGAAGUUGGAUCUUCCUGGUGAGUAUACAAAUAUGAAAGAUGUAUUGCCAGAAGGUUUUCUGGAUCGGACGGAAGGGAUUGGUCUAGUAACCGGAUGGGUCCCACAAGCUAGGAUCUUGGCUCACCGAUCAAUCGGAGGGUUUGUAUCGCAUUGUGGAUGGAAUUCUAUACUGGAGGGCCUAUGGUAUGGUGUGCCAAUUGCUACUUGGCCGUUGUAUGCAGAGCAGCAGAUGAAUGCAUUUCAAUUAGUGAGAGAAUUAGGAUUAGCAGUCGAGAUAAGAGUGGAUUACAGGAAGGGCAGUGACUUGGUGUUGGCGGAGGAGUUGGAGAGAGGUAUAAAGCUUCUGAUGGACGGUGAUGGUGAGAUCGGAAGGAAGGUCAAGGAAAUGAUGGAGAAGAGUAGAAUGGCUGUGAUGGAAAAUGGAUCUUCAUAUGUAUCAUUAGGAUCAUUGAUUGACAAAUUAACUGCAAACAAUUGAGAAAAGCUUUCCUGUUGGCUUUUGGAGCA